AUUUCAUCUUCAGUCGUAACUCUGUCGUCGAGCGGCGCAGACCGAGGAAUAAUAACUUUUUUAUUUUUUCCAUCGAUAUUAAUUAAAAAAAUUUUUUUUUUUUUAAUCAAUUGACACAAAAAGAAAAAAAGUAAUAAAUAAAAGUGCAAUCAAUUACCGCAGAAAUUAAAGGCAAUAAUUUAUCAAAUAAAAAAAUUAGAUUUGAAGUUAACGAUGUUAUUAGUUUACUUGGUAUUUAUUAUUGCAAAUAUAUGUUCAAUCAAAAGCCACGACUGGGGUUACACGGACGAAAAUGGUCCAAAUAAUUGGCCGGGACUGUGCAAAAAUGGCAAGAGACAAUCUCCGAUAAACAUUGAGACAGACAACACCCUCAAGGAUGAUUUAGGGUCAUUGAAAUUUCUGCACUAUGACUACGCAUUUACCGGGAUAUUGACCAAUACCGGUCACAAUGUGCAAAUAACAUUGUCUGGUGUACCAAUAUUUUUAAGUGGUGGUGGAUUGACGUCGAAAUACGUGCUCGAGCAAAUGCACUUUCAUUGGGGUGCUGAGCACACAAUUGAUGGCACUCGUGAUGCACUAGAGCUUCAUUUGGUACAUCAUGAUAAAAAGUAUGAAAAUGUGUCAAUUGCAUCUCAGCAUGACGAUGGAGUUGCGGUCGUAGCUGUUCUGUUUAAGCUGAACGAUGAUGACAACGACAAUCUGUACGCAAUACUGAAAGCCGCUGAAUCAGUGAGUCAAUGGGUGGGUAAGAGCAGCAUCGAAAUUCAAAGGAAAGUUAUACCCGUUCACUUGUUGCCGAACGAUAGGACGACGUUUUAUCGAUACUCAGGCUCAUUGACUACUCCUGGGUGCCAAGAGUCUGUCGUCUGGUUUGUUAUGACUGAGAAGUUGACCAUCUCUGAGUCGCAAGUGGAAAUUCUCAAAAACGUCCAAACCCACAAUGGAACCCUGGCUUCAAACUACCGCCCGACUCAAGAGGUCGGCGACCGAAAAGUGUAUCACCAUCUUCUCGGCUACUCCUCCUCCCCCAUUUCUACCCCCACUCCUUUCGUGUUCCUCGCCGCCGCCAUCUUGUCGAGCCUAUUUUGAGCUCAAAACUCGCCAAUUCUAGUCUUCUUCCAACGAAUGUCAUUCUCAGGUCAAACAUUUAUUUAUCCAAAAUACAAUAAUGAUAAUAAUAUCAAUAAUAUCAAUAAUAU